AUGACCAUAGCUGGACUAACAGACCAGUCGCAGACUUUGGAUAGAAAGAAGCUCUUAUUGACAUUAUCUUGUUUGACAGCUUCUUUGUUCGUGUCUUUCUUUGACCAGACUGCUGUCUCCACGGCUAUCCCUUCCAUUUCGAAGGAUCUUCACCAUGCGUUUCUCAUUAAUAGUUGGACAUCGACUUCGUACUUGAUAGCUAACACAAAUUUCCAAUUGCUUUAUGGUCGAUUUUCGGACAUCUUUGGAAGAAAACAAAUAUUUGUCUUCAGUUUGGUUUGUCUCAUGGUAGGUGACUUAGGCUGUGGAUUCGCCAAAAACCCAACCAUGCUUUUCAUCUUCAGAGGCUUGUCGGGUAUAGGUGGAGGAGGUGUAAAUUGCUUGGUGAUGAUCACAUUUUCUGAUUUGCUUUCCCCUCGACAAAGAGGAAAAUAUUUUGGAAUAGUAGCUGCAGCCACCUCUGCUGGUAAUGGCAUUGGACCAUUCAUUGGAGGAUUGUUGUCAGAACACGCUUCCUGGAGGUGGGCUUUUUGGUUAAGUUGUCCCAUUUGCUUGGUUUGUGGUCUCUUGUUGAUAUUAUUUGUGCCCUUGAAACCAGUCGAAGGCUCUUUCAAAAAGAAAAUCAAGUUGAUCGAUUGGUUUGGUUUCAUUACGAGCAUGAUCUUCUCUGUGUUGUUUCUUGUGGCAAUUUCUGGUGGAAAUGAGUCGUGGCCCUGGAAGUCAGCAACAUUUAUCUCGCUCAUAAUAAUCAGCUCCAUCGCCUUUUUCUGUUUCAUUGGCGUUGAACAAUACUAUGCUGAAAUCCCCUUGAUCCCUUUGCGUCUCUUCACAGACUUACAAAGAUUCUUAUUAUUUUUGCUGUGUUUCUCGAUGGGAUUGGCAUAUUUUGUGGAUAUAUAUUAUUUGCCCUUGUACUUGCAAAACUACAGAGGCUGGCAACCUAUGAUAGCUGGUGUCAUCCAGUUACCUGCGACUUGCACAAGUAGUAUUUUUGGAGUUGUGGUAGGACAAAUCAAUAGUAGAACUGGCAGGUACGUUCAAUGUUUAUGGGCUGGUGGUGCAUUAUGGGCUCUUGGAAGUGGGUUGAAAUUGAUGUACGAUUCAAACACCUCAAUUGGCUACAUUGUGGGAACCAACAUUAUCCAAGGUUGUGGCAUUGGCUUUACUUUUCAACCAACAUUACUUGCCCUUUUGGCUAAUUCAGAUUCAGCAGACCGUGCUGUUGUUACAGGGUUACGGAACUUCUUCAGGUGCUUUGGAGGCUCCGUUGGUCUCGUUAUCAGUGGAAUUGCCUUCAAUGCUACUCUUAGAAGCCAACUA